GUCAACAACUUGCAUAUUUUAUUUAAAUCAGAAAAAGAAGAAGAAGAAGAAAAAAAAGAAUAAAUAUUCCAUUUUUAUGCCAUCACCAAACAAAAUCAGCCUCGAUUCGAUAUCAAUAACUGAUUGGCAUGGUGCAAUCAAAAUUGGAAUUUGAAGAAAAAAAACCAAACAAAUCAAAAAAAUAUUAACAUGGAAUGAUAGAGGAGAAGAAACACGAAAAGUUUUGAGAAAGCUUACGACUCAUCCAAUAAAAAAAAAGCAAAUGUUGAAGCCGAAAUCGUUGUUUGAUAUUUAAAACGGAGUUUUGUGUAGUGUAUCACCACAAAAUUCUGUUUCUACUCUCCAAUAAAUAAAAUAUCCAAAAUGACGAGAAAAAAAAACUCAUCGAAAAAUACACAUCCAUAAUUUGGGCCAUAGAUUUGAAUAGCGCGCCAUUCUAAGCAAAUGUCAUGUGAUGAUGAUGUAUGCACCCGAGCGCUAUCUGUGCCACUGGCCGUGAACUACGGUAUGACAGAAUAGUGACACGGCUUAAACGAAAGCAAAAAGAGAAAGAAGUUCAUUUAUCGAUAUGCAACAAAACAUUGUGAUGUGUGUGUUUUUUGUUGUAAUUAAUAACGACAUGGACAUAUUUUGGUGACUGUUGAUUUUUUCAAUGUGAUUGUUUUCAUAAUUUUUUGCUUUCACGGAUCACAAGCACUGACUAUCUGGCCCAUUCUGAAAUACAUACGGGAGGAUUUUUUCCGUCUCUUUCUUUGAUUUUUCUUUUUUUUUGUCUUUCUGUUAUUCAUUUUUCUACCGUUCGAUUUUGGCCGAAAAAAAGUGUCGUGUUUUUAAUCCAUAAUUUAUCAGUGUGUCUGUGUCGUAUGCAGACUUCCUGCAUUGAAUGGUAGCAGUUUUACGAUAAAAUUCGGGUAGUUUGAAGUUUCGUUCAUUAUACCGAAUCAACCGUGUGCAAUAUACAAUAAUGUCCGAUAAUUCAAAGGCGGAAAAAAUUGCUGCAGCUCGAAAAAAGCUCAAGCAAUUCCAAUCGAAGGCAAAAGUAGAAACGACGUCAAAUAGCACGGUUACUUCAUGCGGAACCGAAUCAAGUGUAAAUACAAACGGAAAUGCAUGCAUUGAGAGCAUACAGAACGAUGCGAUAGCCCAGAUUCAGGCUCAAAUUCGGCCAUCGCCAACGCCACCACCACAACAACAGCAACUGCAACAAAUCAAUAUGCACUUUGGUGCCAUUGAUCCGGCACCAAACAUUGGCUCAACCAAAAUAUUCGAUCAACAUUCAACGGCUGAAAAUUUGCUCGGUUCACAGUCGGAAAUCGCGUUGAAUAUGGCUACAGCACCGGUCAAUAAUAUCGCAAAUUUUCCACAACCAACACAAACGUCGCAGAAUUUACAGCAUUUGUUUGGUGCACCGACGAAUACCGUAGCAAGUUUGACACAGUCAACGUCGCAUACUGAGGCGUUUCCACAGUUCACGAGUUUUAGCCAAACAUCGACUUUUGGCCAACCACCGCAACAACAACCAUACUACCCACCAUUGUCAAAUGCAUUUAACGACGUUGUGCAACCGAAUCAGGAGAGUCAAGUGACACAAGCGAGUCAAGCAAGUGUCGCGGCUGCUGAUUUUGCACAAUUCGAACAGCGUAAUCAAGAGCUCGCAAACUUGUUGCAGGUAGAAAAGGUGCGCAACCAUGAGCUAAGUGUAAAAGUAAGCCAACAACAUUCCACAAUCGAAGAAUUGAACCGAGAGCUCGAACAAUUCCGACAAAAUGGCCAAACGGUUCAAGAGCUGCAGCAGCAAGUCAAUGCUUACAUUCAAACUGUGAACAUUUUAGUGGGCGAAAAAUCCGAUUUGACCGCUAAACUGCAGCAUAAAGAUCAGCGGCUCACCGAAUACGAGUCAAAAUGUGUUGAAUUACAAGGCCGUUUGAACGCAUCACGGCAUCGUGUGUCCGAAUUGGAAAAAGAUUUAAACACAUUGGCCCAAUCACAUCAGAAAUAUGAUGGAUCACAACAGGUACUGUGCACCGAACUCGAAACUCUGCAAGAGGACAGCAAACGCUUGAAACGUUUGCAUCUAGAGGCUUGCGAUGAAAAUACCGAAAUUCAACAUCAACUCGCACUGAAAACAAAGGAAAUUGAUGAGUUGAAAAAUGUCAUUACGGCCAAGAAUAGCGAACUGGAAAUGGCACGCGUACGUUUGGAACAAUUGACCGGCGGUGAUUUGACACAGUCAAAUGAAACAUUGAACACACAUCCUAACCAAAACGAUCAACAGAUUUUGGAUUCGGAACGGCAAUUGAUUGAAUUACAAAAUAUGAUUUCGGAAUUGACGAAUGACCGUGAUCGCACCCAACAACAGUAUCAAACGUAUGUACAACAUUUGACCAACGAAACGACAACAAUGACGCAACGCAUUCAAGAGCUCACCAAAGCCAAUGAAAAACUCACCAAGCGUGAGGAAUCGCUGGUCAACCAUGUACAAGAGCUGGAAAAACAAAUACAAAAACAACUUAGCACGCAACGACGAUUGGCCGCCUUACGUGAUGACGAUGAAAAACCUAAAGUGGAUGAUGCAAACACCCAAAAUGACACCACACCCCAGGUGAAAGAAGAAUUGAGUACACUGCGAGAGAAAUUGAGUGCUAUUGAAAAGGAGAAAACCGAUCUGAAUGCACUUUUGGAGGAUCAUAACACACAAAAGUUGACAUUACAACAACAUUUACUGGAAAAAGAUGCAAAACUCUCGGAAAUCGAAUCGGAAUUGGAACGAUUACGCACCGAACGACCCGACACAUCAAACAUAUUGGCUACGAUUGAAAGCGAUAAAGUGGCCGCCUCACGAGCAAUGGCCCAAAAUCAAGAAUUGAGAAAACAAUUGGAGGAAAUGCAACAAGCUUACGUACAAGUGAGCAACGAUAAAUUGGAAUUGACGAGCCAGUUGCAGAGUGAAGUGUAUUUAAAUCGCGAUGUUCGAAAUCGAUUUGCCGAUUUGGAGAAUGAAUUGAAGUCAAUCAAAGAGAAAUUGCAUUUCAAGGAUGAGGAAAUGAUUCGGUUGACCCAUGAAAAUGCGCAAUUCGAUGCGAAAAUCCAGGAGCUCACCAAGAGAUUGGAUAGCAACAGUAAUGAUGGGGUUAAUCAAUUUACGGAAUUGCAAAAACGGUUGCACGCAGCAAAUAAGGAGAUCAAGAAACUUCGUGCCAAAUUGCAAGGGGCACCAUCGGUGGCGACUGAAGGCGAUGACGUUCCAAGCAAUUUGGGAGAAGGUGUUGCAGCGGCUGAAUCUGAGCAUUUAAAUGAGCAUGAACAUGAGCAUGGGCAUGAAAACGAUCACCACGGGCACGAACAUUCACAUGAUCAUUCGUAUUCGCAUGGUCAUUCACACUCGCAUGACCAUAGCCACAAUCAUAGCGAGCAUGGUGGACACUGUAGCCAUGACCACGAUGAUGAGAGUAAAUCCGUAGAGGCCUUGGACAAUUCCGAUGUGGUGUCGGUAACAUCGACCAUAAACAUUGCCACCAACGAGGCAAUGGACAAACUUCAAGAUCGUUUCAAGCGAACAAUGAAUGAAAUUGCCGAUUUAACGGAGGAGAAGCAUCGUCUCGAGCACUUGGUGACGCAAUUGCAAAGUGAAACCGAAACCAUCGGUGAAUACAUUGCACUGUAUCAAACGCAACGGCGAUUAUUGAAGCAACGUGAAAUUGAAAAGGAUAUUCAAUUGUCACGUAUAGCGGCCGAUCGUGAAGAUAUGAAGGAUAAAUUGCGUCAAUUGAAUGAAUUGGUCGAACUGCUGUUGGUGCAAAAAGGAUUUAAUAAUGCCAAAGAGAUCAUGGCACAAUUAAAUACGACGAAUAAUAAUUCGGAAAAAGUUCCUGAAGAUGCUGCCGAUGCGAUGGCACCGGUAAACAGUUCGACCGAGGAACCGGUUAACGGUUUAACCGAAGAACCAGCAACCAAUGAAAGUCAACACAGUAUAAGCACGACUGUAAAUAAUUGUCAACAUAAUAACCACGACCACGACCAUCCAGCGAAAUUGGAUCUACACAGUCACAUCCAACAGUCGCAUCAUGAUACAAAUACCCGAGAAACGGCUACUAAAAUUAUUAACCUCCUCACUGAUAUUAAGGAUAAAAAUUUGCGACAAGAUUACGCAGUUGUGCCUAAUAGUGUCGAUCACUGUUCAUGUUGUUCCGGUAAAUUGGAGGUCGUUUGAAGUGCGACGCGCAUGCGUAACAAACACAACAUUCGUAUUUAACAGAAGAUGAAAAUAUUAAUCAAACUCAGAUAAUAUCCAAUGCUUUUUUGUAAUUGUUAUGAAGAUGAAACACAGAAAAAACCAACAAACAAACCGUCAAAUAUUUGGAGACACAUUUAUUUUGCAUAUUUUUUGUAAGGCGAAUUGAAUUUGUUCGAAUUCCUAUCUAUUUCUCUUUGGGUUUAUGUUUUUUUUUUUUUUUUUUAAUUUUCUGUCUUUGUAUGUAAUUUUCCCUACAAGAGGAUUAAGAAGCGAAUGGUGAAACCCAAGUCAAUCAUUUUAUAAGCAAAAGACACGAUGAAUAUAAUCUCUGUCAGUCCAUGAGAAACAAAAUGAAUAAAGUGAAACACGAAAUAAAGAGAAAAA